UGGUGACCAGGAGGAACUGCAGCACCGGCUGGCCAGGGAUGGGAUCAAGCUGGGGCCCAGCCCAACACAGGGACACACAUCACCUGAGGAACUGACCCUGAAACCGGGGAGAGCAGAGAUUGGCUUCAGGCAAUGGCCACUUCAGUGGGGACAUUCCCAGCUGCUCUGUUGACUCCAACACCUGCUUUCCAGCUGACAGCAAAUACCACCAGUGAAGGUGAGGAGAAUUGCGUCUUCAAUGAGGAGUUUAAAUUCAUCCUGCUGCCUGUGUCCUAUGCGUUUGUCUUUGUGGUGGGGCUGCUGCUCAAUUCCUGGGCCUUGUGGAUGUUCAUCUGUAAGAUGAGACCCUGGAACGCCACCACCACCUACAUGUUCAAUCUGGCCGUCUCAGACACUCUGUAUGUGCUUUCUCUCCCCACCCUGGUCUAUUACUAUGCUGACCGCAACAACUGGCCCUUUGGGGAGGGACUCUGCAAGAUUGUGCGCUUCCUCUUCUAUGCCAACCUAUAUUGUAGCAUACUCUUCCUCACCUGCAUCAGCGUGCACCGCUACGUGGGGAUCUGCCACCCCAUUCAGUCGCUUGGGUGGGUAAAGACCAAGCAUGCCCGCCUCAUUUGCGUGGGUGUGUGGUUCGUUGUCACCAUCUGCCUCAUACCCAACCUGAUCUUUGUCACCACCAGCACCAGGGGCAACGACACCCUUUGCCAUGACACCACCAAGCCCGAAGAGUUUGACCACUAUGUGCACUACAGCUCCUCAAUCAUGGUCCUCCUCUUUGGCAUCCCUUUUCUGGUGAUUGUCGUGUGCUACAGCCUGAUGGCUAAGAGACUUUGGAAACCCAGCCUAUCCAGCUCCAACCAGAGCAUCCCCUUCUACAAGAAACGCUCUAUCAAGCUUAUCAUCAUUGUAAUCACAGUCUUUGCCAUCUGCUUCCUACCCUUCCACAUCACACGGACACUGUACUAUACUGCCCGGCUCUUCCAAGCCAACUGCAGGACCCUCAACAUCGUCAACUUCACCUACAAGAUCACACGGCCUCUGGCCAGCAUCAACAGCUGCAUAGACCCCAUCCUGUACUUCUUGGCUGGGGAUAAGUACAGGGGAAGGCUGCGUCGGGCUGCGCUCAAAAUGCCCAAAUCUGAGAACCCAUCUACUCUAGCCCUCGUCUCACAACUCAAGAAGAAUGGCUUCUCCACCUCCCGAGGUGCCAGCUACUCCAUGAAUGAUGCCUGAAAAAAGGGGGUGAAACUGACAGACAAUGGAAGCAGCAAGGGGUAUUGAAAGGGCUAGAGCCUGGGGAGCCAGUAUGCAUCUAGGCCAGAAUGUGGGACCAGCAUUAGGGAAGCCAGUAGAGUUGCUGGGUUAGUCUCACUCCACAAUGGAGAUCUUCUCCAUCUCCUCCUAAUCUCUGUGAAUUAUUUCCCCACUAUGCUGUGUCUGCUUCUGACACAUUCUGGCACCAGGUUUAACCUCUGAAUGCUUUUGAAUUAGGUUUACACUCCCACUCUCAAAGCAUGCGCCACUCCCUCAGACAGACUGAACAUCUAUCUCAGAGCCAGGGAUAGUCCGUGUCUUGUCACAGCAUGGGAGGACUGCCCAGAGUAAUGCCAAUGGGAGUGCAGAGAGAAGAGACCCCUACGUCCCAUAAGGAAAUGGAGGAGGCCAGAGGGAUUGGCUUAUGAAGAGUACGAGAGACUCACAGGUAGUGAAUUCCCUGCUUCAGACGCAAGUUGGGGCAGAGCAGUGGGAAGGGAGAGGACACGGUGACACUUCGCUGGUCAGAAGCCUAGGAACCCAGAAGCCCCAGUGCCUGAGGCCGAGAGCAAAGAGAUGGAGGAUUUUACCAUAGGAAAGGAGCCAGCAAGUGACCACAGGCCACAAAACUGGCCUCCUGAGUCUUUUGGGAGAAGCCCAAAUAGGCUGUUUCAAGUAGCGUGGGGCCCUGGGCUACUGACAAGGGAAGGUCACAGCCUAGUGUCUGCAGUACAAUGCUAGGGAGCUGAGGACUGAGCAUAGGCCAUGCUGUGUCUAAUGAUAUGCUACGUAGGGGGGGUCCAGGUGAGAAGAAAGGAGCCUGUCUUCCCAGGCACAGAAAACCCAUUUAGAGCUUCCUUCAAAGUGACCCAGAGGAAAUAGAGACCCCCUGCUGAAAAAUAAAUAGAGACAAUGCUAGCAAAGAAGAAUAUUUAGCACUUUAUAAACAGUAACUAAGUGACCUAAUGGGGUCAACCCUGGGUCAAAAUGCAGGGCUGGGGGAGGACAGCAGGGAACUCCCGCAGCUAGGACUCAAGGCGCAGCAUAUGCUAUUGAGGACAACACGAGGGUCAGACAGGAAAGGGGAGAAGAAAUAACUGACCUGGAUUCCUGGGGCUAGUGGCUUGGCCUUUUGCUGGCCAUACUUUCAGCAGUAGGGGGUCUUAUGUCAGGAAUCUUUCCUGACCAUGCUCAGACCACGCUAUGUCAUAGCCUGAGUCAGUAUCUGUACGGAGCAGUGGCUGCCAUGCCAACUGUGAACUCCCUGCCGGCAGAAGGGUAUCUCCUGGAUUACUGACCGUGACUAACAUCACCUCAUUUGCCUUGCUUCCCUUUUGCUGCUCUAAGAUGGGGGAAACUGAGUCUGAAUCACAAGCAAAAGUAGCUGAGCUGCUGUUGAUGGAGCAGGCACCACGCCAGCAGGCAGCCAGGGCAGGCAAGGAAGCACUUUCAGGGCACUGGUUCUACCAAUGCAGAAGAGAGACUGGGGCUGGCUCUGGCAGGAUGCAGGUGAUGGGGUAGGGAUGCACACAGAGUUAAAGCCUGCGCAGUGGCCAUGGAAUUGUGUGUGAAUUGUAGAUGCUGUUACACGUCUCUGUCCCUUUGUGUAUGGGAGGGCAUGACUCACCAUAUAACUAACAGAGAAGGCACCACAGCACCUUUGCUCCCAACUCUCCUAGCUCCAGGUGGCUGGAGGGUGGGCAGAGCCCCCAGAGCAAUGAAGCCCAUGAAAGCAACUAAUUGAUCCAUGAAUAAAAUGUUUUCCUGAGCAAUUUUCCUAGAGCCCUGGACUGUUUAUUGCCACCAGGAAAUCAAUAAACAGGAGAGAACUGGCACGCAUGAGAAUCUUUUAAAUGCCUCAUUGAAGGUCCAUUUGGCUUAGCCAGGCUGUGACGUGUCCAUUGCUGAAAGCUGAGAGAGGAUGGAAUGCCAGGUGACAUGUCUGCCUGGGCUCAGUGGCUUGGCACAUUUCCUUAGGGCCUCAGGAGCGUUCAGAGCCAGUUUCACCCCUCAGGACUCCUGGAGAUGGCCAGAGUGAGUUUUCCAUUGCAGUCAGAGUGGGGAAAUAACUGAAGGCAUAGCUGCUACCUCCUGAUAGGUCUCGUGUAUCGGAGGGGAAGGCCCAGGUGGUUUCCCAGAGCCUCCAAAGAAGGUCUUAGAUGAUUUGUGAGGCUGGUAUUGUACCGGAGACUCCAAGCUCAGCAUGUUUUACAUCUACAUUGCUCCUGCUGGGGAAAUGUCCCCAGUCCCUUUAGAUCUGCAUUUAGUGGGCUCAAGUAUUCAAAUAAAAGGUUUGAGCCUGAAGAAGAAAGGCCUGUGGUAGAAAGGGGGCAUUUCCCCUCCUUUUUGCUAAUUUUUCCACCAGAUCAUACCUGAAAUGGCUUUCACACACCCCAGCACCAUCCACCCCCACCCCCACCAUGUCUCAGUGCCUCUCGCCCAACUGAGGAUGGGCUUAUUUACACAGGUUCUGGCAUUUCAGCCUCUGAAAUAUGCCCUUUAGAUUCGUGGUGAGAGUCAAGAGGCAGGGAAGAUUCACCACUUAAUGUUCCAUUUUUCUCUGCCAGAUAUUAGCCAAAUUCCAGCAAGCAUUUCUAAAGCAAGUGGAAAGCUUCCUCCAGCCCCUGACAAGACCCUAGCAUGCCCUGAUGUGGCACCACUGCUGACUAGGGCAUGAGUGUUAGCAUUUCUGCAGAGAAGCCAGGAAAUUGGGAGUGUAAAGUACUUAGAGGCACUAUAAUAGGAAAUUAAAAAGCUCUUUAGAAUGUUUCCUUUAUUAGUAUUUACUUUUGAAAUGUUUGCAUAGCUCUAUUGUUUAAUUGUGUGGGCAAAAGGUGGUAUCCGCAAGGGAGCAUACAGGUGUGUGUAAAGUGCUCCAGCGAUGAUGCUGGAUGAUACUAGUGCACUAGGUUGUAAUGAAUUAGAUAUUUCACAUUCUAGAAUUCAUGAGCCCAAGCCUGCCUUCUGUGCGGAGCAGAGCUGGGGCAGGGCCAUCUCUGCCACUGGGAAUCUGAGAGGGGAGCUGCAAAGCAACCCGUUUUGUCCUCGCCACAGGAUUGUGUUCAUACAACUC